CAUUACAAAUGGCGGACGUUGAUACCGCAACCCUCACGAAUUGGAACGUGAGUGAGUUGUAUGGCCGUUUUCGUUCUCUACCGUGCUCUUUUGAGGCUUUGCGCCAGUUUCACGGUUAAUAACAGAAUUCUAUUUCUUAUAUAUGCAUUUAUGUGAUGGGCAAUCGUAUAGCAGCGUUCCUGCUUCGCCCUAUCAGGGACUUUAAUGUAGAAAAUCGAGCGCACAGAAUAAUAUCGUCGGAGAAACCGAAGGCGGCUCCAAGACAUCCUACAGAGGCGAAGUUUGCAGCAAAAGCAGCAAGUGUGCCCGAGAUUUUAGGUGAAAAACCUGAUCACCUCGAACGACUAAAGGGCGUUAAGGUCGUUUCCUCAGAUGUGCAGCCUGAGGAGACCCAGGGCACGGUCCCACCGGCAGGCAAAUCAACAAGGCCCCUUCCGCACAUCUCCAAGUCCCCGCCACAACCAGAAUUCGGGUAUCAUGAACCAGCAGUUACUCCAAGUGGCAGAAUAACGCUACGACACGCAACACAAAUGAUUUCUGAUGCUGCGAUGGAUCCACAAAAAUGGUCUGCAGAGGCGCUGGCAAUGCAGUUCUCCCUGAAGAAGCAGGAUGUUGAAGAUAUACUGAAAUACUUCAGGGUCUACAAGGUGCAUGUACCAAAAGUGGAUCUACCUCUGUUAGGCAAACAGAUAUUGGGAAUAACUAGCAUGAGACAGAUGGUAAGUGCUGGAAAGAGUAACGAAACGCGUACAAACGAAAGUGCAUCACCUGCCGACUCAACAUCUGAGAAAACCAAGGAGAAGGGAUGAGUACUGUUCGCUACUAGUAGAAAUAUAGUGAUAAUUAAAAUUGUAAUUAAUUGUAAAA